AUGUCCCAAUCUUUGCGCCCGUACCUUCAGUGUGUCCGAUCUUCCCUCACAGCCGCCCUCGCAAUCUCCAACUUUGCUUCCCAGACAGCGGAACGGCAUAAUGUCCCAGAGGUGGAGGCAGCUACUUCGCCGGAAGUCCUACUAAAUCCUCUCACGAUCGCGCGCAACGAAAACGAGAAAGUCCUUAUUGAACCAAGUGUGAACAGUGUCAGAGUCAGCAUUCGGAUUAAACAGGCAGAUGAAAUCGAGAAUAUUCUAGUACACAAGUUCACGAGGUUUUUGACCCAAAGGGCGGAGGCUUUUUUCAUUCUGCGACGGAAGCCAGUAAAGGGAUACGAUAUUUCAUUCUUGAUUACCAAUUUCCAUACAGAGGCUAUGUUGAAACAUAAACUGGUUGACUUUAUUAUAGAGUUUAUGGAGGAGGUAGAUAAGGAGAUAUCGGAAAUGAAACUCUUUCUUAACGCUCGCGCGAGAUUUGUGGCGGAAUCCUUUUUGACACCGUUCGAUUAA